UACAGUGCACAAAUGAAAUGAAUGUGAAUAUUCCACAGUUGGCAGACACGCUCUUUGAGAGAACUGCAAACAGCAGCUGGGUCGUAGUGUUCAAAGCUCUAAUUACAACACACCACCUCAUGAUGUAUGGAAAUGAGCGCUUUAUCCAGUAUCUUGCAUCCCGAAACACUUUGUUCAAUUUAAAUAACUACCUGGACAAAAGUGCCAUGCAGGGCUAUGAUAUGUCUACCUUCAUUAGGCGAUACAGCAGAUACUUGAAUGAAAAAGCACUUUCAUAUAGACUUGUAGCAGUUGACUUCACCAAAAUGAAAAGAGGGAUAGAUGGGGUGAUGAGAACCAUGAAUGCUGAAAAGCUGCUGAAAACUCUUCCAAUCAUACAGAACCAGCUUGAUGCGCUCCUUGAUUUUGAUGCAAAUCCAAAUGAGUUAACAAAUGGUGUUAUAAACGCUGCCUUUAUGCUCCUCUUUAAAGAUUCCAUUAGACUUUUUGCAGCAUACAAUGAGGGGAUUAUUAAUCUUCUAGAAAGAUAUUUUGAUAUGAAGAAGAACCAAUGCAAAGAAGGCUUGGAUAUUUACAAAAAAUUUCUAGCCAGAAUGACCAAAUUGUCAGAGUUCCUCAAAGUAUCAGAGCAAGUUGGAAUUGAUCAGGGUGACAUUCCAGAUCUUACUCAGGCACCCAGCAGCUUGCUUGAAGCACUGGAACAACAUUUGGCUUCUGUGGAGGGAAAGAAAACAAAAGAAGUCUCUGCUGCCAGCAGAGCUAGUGCCCUAUCCAGUGCUGUUUCCACACUUGCCAAUACAGGAAUGUCAUUUAGCAGGAUGGAUGAGAAGGAAAAGCAGCAAGCAUUGGAGGAGGAACAAGCUAGACUGCAGGCACUUAAGGAGCAGCGAUUAAGAGAGAUUUCUGUAGUACCAAAUUCCACUUCCACAUCAGCAUCCCCAGGCACCUUAUCAGGAAAAAGUGUGAAUACCACUGUAGCUGUUGACCUCUUUGCUGUACCAGCACCCACAACAAAUAGCAUGCCCAACCUUUCUAGUGAUCUUUUUGAUCUUCAGCCUGCAUUUGUUCCAACUGUGCAGAGUACUCCAGCUAUAUCAACGUCAGCAAGCAGUGCUUGGGGAGGUCCUUUCUCGUCCUCAAAUGGUUGUGUUGGUUCUCCACCUCAUCUGGACAUCUUUGACAUGAAGCCAGUUGAAGAAGCUGUAAAAUCUACCACCCCUUUCAUCAAUUCUACUUUUUCCUCCAAACAAACGGUGGAACUGUUUAGUGAUGACUUUAGUGGUCAUAAACCUACAUAUGCUUCUGUGUAUCAUCCUCUGACUGUUGAUGGUUUUCCUCUUCAUUCAGCUCCUCCGAGUACCACCUCUUCAACAAUUAACGUGGACUUCGAUGCUGUUUUUGGAGGAAAAUCUACAGCACCAGAGUACAGGACUACAAGUGAUGAUGUACUGCAACCCACAGUACCACCACAAAGUCAGAGAGCCCCUUCAGCCAACCAGCAAAGUGGAAAAAUCUUGGCAAAUGACCUCGAUUCUUCACUUGCUAAUCUAGUGGGAAAUCUUGGCUUUGGAGGAACCCCAUCCAAAAAAUCAGAUAUGCAGUGGACCCAGCCUACAGAGAAAAAACUGACUGGUGGAACAAACUGGCAAGCAAAAACAAGCACAUCAACCACGUGGAACCCUACUCCCUUACCCACUAUUCCACAUAUGGUACCUGCUCCUAUUGCAUACCCACUGACCACGCCUCAAGUGCCUGUAUAUGGAAUGGUACCUCCUCAGGUUGGAGCUGCUCCUUUGAUGGCACCUCAAUCAAUGAUGUAUACACAGCCUGGUCUAAGGCCAACAAAUCCUUUUGCACCUGUUUCUGAAACUCAGAUACAGUUCAUGUAAAGCCGCCAAAGCAGCAAGAUGUGAGAACAACCAAAUACUGGUAAAAAAAGACUGAUAUUCAAUCUUUCCAUGAUGUAUUCCUGAACAGGGCAACUGUUUCUUCCCUGUCUAAUACAAUAUUAUUUUGGAUUGCAAUGCUUUAGAGAUUCUUGUUUAUAACAGUCACUGCAGUGUGAAGUCAUGUUUGUUCACUGAGGGGUUUUUUUAAACUCCUCAGAAGAAAACUGUAUUUUAUUGAGGUUGACUCGGAAGGUACAAGCUGGAUUAUCAUCUUCAAAGCUGAGAAGAAGGGCUACAUGAUUGCUCUCCAACCUUAUUCAUCAGUGGAUUACCUUAGGAAGUUAACUGAGGGUGUCAAAGCUAUUUAUUUUCUCCAUAAAUUCUGUGGCUGUUGUAACCAAGGCACAACACAAAUGAAGUUGAGCAAUAAAAUUUUUGUGCUCGAUUCAAUACUCUGAUAGAGCCGUGCUUGCGUUGUCAUAAGGCCAAUAUUGUGUGAAAUCAGACAGCUUGUUCACCUUAGAAUAGCUUCUAGUCAUUUGCAAACUUUAUAAUGUGAUUUUGAAAUGCUGUGAAUCAACAAGAUAUCUACAUACUGCUUAUAUGGAUAUUAAAAGUAAUGAAUUGCUGCACUGGUAUGUCAGUGUUACGUGGCU